AUGGCGGCGGCGGCUAAACCUACCGGCGGCGGUGGCGAGUCAGCAGGCGGCGGAGGGACUGGAGGCGAUGGUGAUGGGUUCUCGGAGGUGGACAACUGUUUGGAUGAUGAGAUAUGGAAAAUAAGGUACCAUUUUCAAGGGAGAGACAACUUGGAGAGGACCAUUUCUCUAUCAGAAAUUACUUAUAUUAACAUGUUAGCACUGCUAGAGACUGAAGAGGGAUAUACUAAAGCUGACUACAUGUUCUAUAUGAAAGAAGAAGGAAAGGGGGCAGCAGGAAUGCAGGUUAUUGACAGUGAAGAUAGUGUGGAAGAGAUGCUAGACUAUUAUGCUGAGCAGAAGGUGCUCAACAUAACUGUAAUUAAGGCUAAUGAGCCUAAUCCAGGAGAGUUUAACAGGUCAAAUAUUGUGGAGGAACAAGUGCCUAUAAGUAAUGUGGGGGAUUCCAACAUUAUUUCUAUAGAUGAGGCAGGAGUAUUGUUCCCUAUUGCUGUUGAAGACACAGUUGAAGAGCUCUAUGCUGUGCCUAUUGCUGUUGUAGAGCCAGGUGAAGAGUCUGCAUAUAUUAACACACAACAGAGCAUGAAUUUGAAGAAAGCAAAGGGCAAAGAGAAAUUACAGGAAGAUGUUGGCCCCUCUGAUGAUGAAGUGUUUGUUGAUUUGAACUGUUGUGAGGACUGCUCUGAGGAGGAAGAUGAAAUCAUUGAGAAGGAAGAUGAAAUCAUUGAGGAGGAAGAGCAUGACAUAGGUAAUGAGGAGGAAGAUGAAAUCAUUGAGAAGCUAAAGCAGAAAAGGAAACAGAGAGAGGAUCCUAUGCAUCACUUUGAAGGAGACACAGAAGUGGAAGAGAUGUGUCCAGAGGCAGAGGACUCAGACACAGAACCUGAGACACCUCUUCAUCAAACAUUCAAGAAAGUAGGCAAAGCAGGCCCCACUACAAGAUCACACCAUGAAGCUGACAUUGAGGUAAUUCCUGAUUUCAUUCCAUCUGAUGAUUCUGCUUGUUUCCCUAGGGACUAUGGCAUUAGUGAUUCAGAUGAUGAGUCAGGUCUACCACUGCCCUGUGGAAGGAAGAGUCAAGCCAAGAGGGCCAGGACUAGGAUCUGGUAUGAUGAGACCAAGCCAGAUGCUCAUGACCAACUUUGCUUGAGUAUGUGCUUCACUGAUGUGUAUCAGUUUAGAAGAGCACUUAGGAAUUUUCAUAUCAGAAUCCUUAGAAAUUUCCAGUACCAUAGGAACUGCAAGGAUAGGAUCAUUGUGCAUUGCAAAGAAAGGGACAAUGGGUGUCCUUUUUUCAUGACUGCAUCCACAAUUGCUCAUGAGAAGACAUUCUGCAUCAAGAAGAUGAAGUUGUUGCACACUUGUGGUGCACAUGGAGAAAAAACCAAAGUGACAGUUGACUGGAUGGCCAGAACAUGUGAGCAGCAACUGAGAGAUAAUCCAAGGGCUGGUGUUGAUGCAAUUUUAAAAAGAACAAAGACUAAGUAUGGGCUGGAAGUGCCAAAGACCAAGGCCUACAGGGCAAGGUCAUUGGCCAUUGAAGUGGUGGAAGGUGACAUGAAGGGACAAUACACAAGGUUUAGGGAUUAUCUUCAAGCUGUGCUUGAUACCAACCCUGGGAGCAGAUGCAUUGUGACUACCAGAGAGCUUGAGCUCCAUCCUAGCCCAAAUCCUAGGUUCCACUACAUGUUCUACUGUCUGAAUGCUUCAAAAGAAGGUUUCUUGAAUGGGUGUAGGCCCUUUAUAGGUUUAGAUGGUUGCUUUAUCAAGCUUUCUACUGGGCAACAGAUACUUGCUGCCACUGGUAGGGAUGGGAAUAACAACAUAUUCCCUAUUGCAAUUGGUAUUGUUGAUAAGGAGGACAAGGAAAGUUGGACUUGGUUUCUUAGCCAAUUAAGAGCUUGCAUUGGAGAGGGGAACAAGUGGGGCACAUACACAAUCAUCUCUGAUAGACAGAAGGGGCUGUUGAAUGCAAUUCAAGCUGUGUUCCCACACUCACCUCAAAGAUAUUGUCUUAGACAUAUCUAUGCAAAUUUCCAGUCAGCUGGCUUCAGGAGUGAGGAGUUGAAGAAGCAUAUGGACAAUGCUGCAUAUUCAUACACCAAGAAUGGUUUUGAGGUUGCAAUGAAUGAACUGAGAAAGGAGGAUGAAGAUGCUUGGAAGUGGCUUUGUGAUAUCCCUAAAGAGACUUGGGCAAGGCAUGCUAUGGAUCACACAUGCAAGACAGACCUAGUAGUUAACAAUCUUAGUGAAGUGUUUAACAAGAUGAUACUAGAUGUGAGGAACAAGCCAAUAAGGAUUUAG